AUGGCGGAGCGCGGAGUCUCGCUGCCGGACCAACUGGUGGGCUUUUCAAACUUCAAGCGCCAUAACCCCAAGACGGACCGCUUCGAGGUGCUGGAUUUCCACCACAUCGAGUUCUGGUGCGGCGACGCGACCAGCACGUCCGGCCGCUUCUCGUGGGGCCUCGGCAUGCCGCUCGUCGCGAAAUCCGACCUCACGACGGGUAACCCGACGUACUGCAGCUACGCUCUCAAAUCGAACGAUCUCGUGUUUGUCUUCUCCGCGCCGUACGGCGACCACGCGGCGGGGACGACGCCGGCGGCGGCGGCGGCGGCGGCGACGAACGGCGCGCCGAUGCCGUGGUUUGAGCGGCAGCAGGCGACGGAGUUCUUCGCGCGGCACGGGCUGGCGGUGCGCGCCGUGGGGGUGAAAGUGACGGACGCGCAGGCGGCGUAUGAGAUGAGCGUGGCGAACGGCGCGACGGGCGUGGUGCCGCCGACGAAGCUGGUGGACAGCAAGGACGGCGGGUCCGUGACUAUAUCCGAAGUGGCUCUAUACGGCGACGUGGUGUUGCGAUACGUCGCCCAGCACCCCUCCUACUCCGGCCCUUUCCUCCCCAACUACGCACCAGCCUCCAACGCCGUUUCCUCCUACGGCCUCACCCGUCUUGACCACGCUGUUGGCAACGUUCCCAAGCUCCUAGACGCUGUUCGGCAUAUUCUGAACUUCACGGGGUUCCAUGAAUUCGCGGAGUUUGUGGCUGCGGACGUGGGGACGCUGGAUAGUGGGCUGAACUCCAUGGUGCUUGCGAAUAACGCGGAGAAUGUGCUGUUUCCGAUCAACGAGCCGACGUUUGGGACGCCGCGGAAAUCGCAGAUUCAGACCUACCUGGAGCACAACGAAGGGCCAGGAUUGCAGCAUCUCGCGCUCUCGUGCACGGAUAUCAUCGCGACGCUUCAGGAGAUGCGUGCGCGGACGGAGCUGGGGGGGUUCGACUUCAUGCCGCGGCCGUCGGCGAAUUAUUAUAAGGAGCUGCCGAAGCGGAUUGGGCCGGAUAGCGGGCUGUCGGAGAAGCUUAUAAAGGAUUGUGAGACGCUGGGGGUGCUGGUGGAUAGGGACGAUCAAGGCGUGCUGCUGCAGAUUUUCACGCGGCCUGUGGGCGAUAGGCCCACACUGUUCCUGGAGAUCAUACAGCGUGUGGGGUGCAUGUACCCGGAGCUCUCCUCUCAUUGCCGCUUUGCCACCCAGCAGCACCUAUGGCUGCCUUCUGUCCGCCUCGCCCCUCGUACUGCCAAGCUCCCGAGUCGCCACGUCAAUGCCUCCGCCGCGAUUUUUCUUCCCGACCCGCUCCAGCCUGUAGGGCAGAAGGCGGGGCGGGAGGCGGAGCGGAAGGCGGAGCGGGGCAGUGGAGAGAGGUUGGGAGGGAUAAGGAUCGGCGAGGCGAACUGGGAGUUGGAGAAAAGGGAGGGGGAAGGAGGGAUGCGCGAUGGGGAGACGGGGGAGAUGGGGCACGGCGGGAGUGCAUGGCGGAACGCGGACGCGGAGCAAGCGGCGUGGCCCGUGCCGCGUGUGGUGGAGUCAACAGUGAUUCUUAAAGACUUCCUGGUGAGGGGGUGGAGAGCGGUGGGGUUGGGGAUGGAUGGAGAGCAGAGUGUGCGCAGAGACGUUCUCGCCCUCCCCUCCGGCCUCUCCUCUCCCUACCUCACAGUGUUUGCCCGCCCUCUUGCCGUUGCUGUGGUCGCCAUGACUGUUGAGAACAAGGUGGUGGUGAAUCAAGAGUACCGGCAUGCAGUGGGUGCGUACGUGCUGAGUCUGCCGGGGGGAGUGAUGGAUGCAGGGGAGACGCCGGAGCAGGCGGCAGUGCGGGAGCUUGAAGAGGAGACAGGGUUUGUGGGAAAAGGGGCAGAGGUCAUAGGCUCGUGCCGCUCACUCCCUGGGGUGUGGCAGCAGAAG